AUGGCUUCGGCCAUUGUUCCGACAGCCCGAAUGCAGGAGAUCUCGCAUUAUUUUGCCCGGCAUGUCCUCAGCCUGGGAUUAAUGUGUCCUUCUCAGGGGAUGAAUCACUUGAUGACGAUAAUAACAACUCCAAGGUGGAAAUACACCCGGUCAUUUGUUAUGGAUGGAAAUUUCAAAGCUGAACACCUGCAUCCCAUGAAGCCAUUUGAUGAAGUUUGGCUGUCAGAUGGGUUGGGAUUCAUGGUGGGAAAGGACAGACAAAUGAACAUGGACUAUGCCCUUUGUGAGGCUGCCCGGCACAACAUGGAAGGCAUCACCAGGGCGGUCACCUUCUAUGAUAUCAACUGUCAAUACAACAAGCACUUUCGGGUUCGGGUGGAUCGAAGCCGAUUUCUCGAAAUGGUUCCGGAAUUGACCAUCAUUCCCGGAAUCGGGUUGUGGCACAUCCACGGACAUCAGGACAGCUGCUAUGUCCGAUAUGCGUCGAAUUUUAUCGAAGGCAUCGGUCGGAUUGAUGGAGAGAUCAUGGAGACCCUAUGGUCACGUCUCAACCUGAUUUCCCCUGCUGCUCGGGGAAUGUCAUCCCCGCAUCGAAAGGAAUGUCUCGAUUAUCAGAUGAAUGAUUCCAAUUUCUGCAAGAUGAUCCGCAUGAAAAGGACCCUUUGCCGAAAAUACAAGCAGGCGAAGAAUGGCAUUGCCGAAAGUGAAAAGGCUUUCGACAUACUCAAUGAAGCAGCACCCGGCGAUUCAAAGACAGAGUGGCUAGCCAGCGAGAGGAUCGCUCAGUCCAGCAGAAUAAAUAAUCCUGCGGCUAUGGAUGUAUAUGAGAUUAAUAUCAAGAAGGCACCUGCUCGCAGGUCUGUGGCGACAUGGAUAUCAAUGGGGUUGGCGAUUGAAGAGGCUCAAAUCGCAUUGCUCAUCGAGGUCCGAAGGAUUGGUAGAAGAACUACCGAGACACAGAAGUUAGACAUCGCCCGGCAACGCGAUCGUCUCCAAGGCCAGAUAGAUGGAUUCACUCGGUCUGCUAUUACGCAUCUCGGAGAGGGAUUUGAUGCAGAUGAAGAUCCUGAAGACUUGUACUUGGACAUUCUUGAUGAUCUCGAUGAUGACUUGGCAGACUUCACCGAGACAUCUGACACAUGGGCAAACUCCCCUGAGCUCACUGUAAUCCCAUUGCCAUCAAACCUCGGGGUAGAUCGAUGCAGACGCUGUAUGGCAGACGAUCUCAUUCUGCUGGAGAUGUCUCUUCUUAGGCAAGCCAAAUUCCAGGCCCUGAAAACUCGAGCUUGGUCCCAGGUGACGUCGGUGCAGCAGGCAGUGUCCCUCCAUGCCAGUAUAUAUACGAAGACGAGGAAGCAAAUGAUGCAACUGGAGCCAGGGCAAGACCAGGUUCAGAAAUACAAACCCCUGCUUCGAGAGCAACUCAAAAUCAGCACUGCCGUCGGCGAUCCAAAUGCCCGAGGUCAGCGAAACGAGUCCCUCGCUUGGUUCUGGUCAGUCGAAGUCGACCUUGGGGGUCCCGAUCACUCGUGGAAUGAGGAAUUUUACCGAGUUCAUUGGCUCCGGGCAAAGGCACUACGGGAUCGAUGGAAGGAAGAAAUGAUGUUGGUCCAAUUGGAGAUGGAUUGGACAUGUAACUUUUUUUUGUGGAAAGCAACCCAAUGGGGUGACAGGAUGCGCGAAUCAUUGGUGAAACACCUUCCGGGUCAUGCAUGCUACUUGGGAAGGCAAUCCCAAAUGUAUUCAUUGCUGGCACAGGAUGCCCAGGCAGCAUUUCAAGACCUGAAGACCGGUCCCGGGAAUUGGCCGGGUCGACCCAUGUUGGAGUUUGAAAAUUUUUAUCAAUCAACCAGUGGCUCAUAUCUUGACCUCCGAACCAACUGCCAUUGUCAUUGUCAUUUCCAGCUUCAUAAUCCUGCAUUAACCAUGUCUGUAUUGCAUACUCCCCCAACAUCCCCUUCUAAUUCUCAGACUUCCGGCAAUGGGUUCCGACCCCUCACACUCACUCAGGCAGAUAUUGCAGCUACAAUGUCAAUGGCUGCAUCUCGCAUCCGAGCAUCCAUCUCUCAAUAUCAGAUGGAGGCUGCCCACACCCAGGAGCCAUCUGCUACUCGGAUCACGCACUUUAAAGCCGGGCUGCAAUGGGAGAUAGCUACUUUUGUGACUCCCAUCCUGCAGUACUCAGCUGCAAGGAACAUCAUUUCGGUUGUUCCGAGCCCGGUUGCUCAUAUUCUUCAGUUGAUUCCCAAGCUCACCUGGAACAUGGUUCCGGACCACAUCUUUUCAUCCCACCUAUGCCAGUUUCAAGACGUUGCAGAUCUGGGGGAUCCUUCCCGCAUUGUAUCCACCUAUGGUACUCCAUGGUGGACCGGAUCAACUGCCAUCCCGAACGAAUUAUGGCCAUGGGAUCAGGUAUUCGCUAAUUGUGUCUGUCACUACCAGCAUUGGCUAUCUGGCGUUGAGGACGAACGUCUUGUUGUUCCCGAGCAGGUGGAUGAAAGCUCAGGUUGCAACACUGAAGGCACUGAGGUGGAUGAGGGAACGCCUCCUGACAGUGAUUGAGGAUCAACAAGCUGGCAUCCGUGAAAAGAUGGCAGAGAUUCAGAUGUACACCGCCGUCCUAACCAAAUUGAACCCAAGGGGACCAGAGUAGUUCUAGUCCUUCAGUUCAGAAUGUUGAAGUCUAAAUUCUG